AUGCCUAACCGUAAUGCUGUACAGAACCUCAUCACCAAGUUUCGAAAGACCGGAAGCUUUGAUAAUGCUCCAAAAUCAGGCAGGCCAUCCACAUCCAAAUCCAAAGAGAAGGUGGUGGAGGUGCAAGACAUGAUGCUGAAAAGUCCAAAGAAGUCGGUUAGACGACUAGCUCAGCAGGCCGACGUGUCCGUGGGUCCCGCUCACAAGAUUCGCCGGAAGUCACUGUCCAUGUAUAUGUACAAAAUGUCGGUCGUGCAUGAACUGAAAGACACCGAUCGCCCAGCAUGUGUGGACUUUUGCAGCUGGUUUCUGUCCUUCCUGCAAGACAAUUAUGAGGGGAUACUUGACACAACGUUUUUCACGGGGUUAUGUGAAUAG